GCCUGUGCGCGGCAGGCUCGCGGGCGGGCUGCCAAGCAAGCGCGCGGCCCAAAUUCUUGACGCGCUUCAUUCAGAUGCGCAACCGCGGAGGGGAUUUCUCAAAACCCCACUACUUGGAGUUGCCCGACGUUCUUCGUGUGCCUUCUGCCGGAGCUGCCCGGGC